AUGAUUUGCACUGUGAUUAUUUUGGUCGUGUGUAUAUGUUCUACUGGAUAUGCACUAAAUAACGGACUCGCCCUCACUCCACCAAUGGGAUGGCUUCACUGGGAGCGGUUCCGCUGCAACACAGAUUGUGUGAACGAUCCAGACUUUUGCGUGAGGGAACAGCUGAUUAUGCAGAUGGCGGAUCGGAUGGUGUCUGACGGUUACAAGGACCUUGGCUACGAGUACGUGAAUAUUGACGACUGCUGGCUGGCCAGGGAGAGGGAUGCCCAAGGCCGUUUGCAGGCUGAUCCUGACCGUUUUCCGAGUGGCAUGUCUGGUUUGGCCAAAUAUAUCCACUCUAAGGGAUUGAAGCUUGGUAUUUAUGAAGAUUUUGGCACAGAGACGUGCGCCAAGUAUCCUGGCAGUGAGUUCUAUUUAUCCGUCGACGCACAGACGUUUGCUGACUGGGGAAUAGAUUACGUCAAAUUUGAUGUAUGCAACUCCGACUCCGGGGACAGCAACUUUGGCUUUCCAAUCAUGGGAUUCUUCUUAAAUCAAACGGGUCGACCAAUGAUAUUUUCUUGCGAGUGGCCUUUGGUAUCUGCUAAGCCUAACUUCACUGCAGUAAGGGAUACGUGCAAUUUAUGGAGGACAUCCCACGACAUGGAAGAUUCUUGGGAAAUGCUGUCGUAUGUGAUCGAGUUUUAUGGAAAUGACACCAACGGGCUAAGCGCAUACGCUGGGCCUGGAGGAUGGAACGAUCCAGACGAACUCAUUAUCGGAAACUUUGGUUUGAGCUAUGAACAGGAACGUGUACAGAUGGCCAUGUGGGCCAUUUUUGCGGCUCCCCUGCUCAUGUCCGUCGACCUGCGGGAUAUCCGUCCCGCGUCAAAGGCAUUGCUCCAGAACAAAAAUGUCCUACGGAUAAACCAGGAUCCAAUGGGAAUACAGGGGAAACGGCGCACCAUUGUAAGCAAUAUAGAAGUCUGGACAAGGCCAAUUUCACCUGAAGGUACAGUGGCUGUGGCGUUACUGAACGUUGUGGGGAAGGGCAUGCCGACGAGGGUCACAGUCUCAGCCAAGCAGAUGGGGCUCAGUAACACUAACGGGUACAACCUCACCGAGGUGUUCGAUGGGCAACCGAUUGGAACGCUGACACCUCAAGAGUCCUAUACAGUCAAGGUCAAUCCAAGCGGAGUAUAUUUCUUUACUGCCAAUCCACUCUGAACCAAUUGGGCCUUAUAUGCAUACAUAUGUAA